UUGAGGAAGGGCGGCGCCUCGUUCACUUGCUCGUGGCGGCGCUGGGAGAUGGUGGAGCCUGAGUGAGGUCCAGUCCGCGUGCUUCAAACCGAAUACGGCGGCAGGUCUGUGACACCUGCGGACUUGACCGCAAAGCCCUGCCUAGGAUCUUUGGUUCUGAUUCAUUGGUCUAACUAAGCGCUUCUCCCGCGUCCUCCUCUUCUUCCCCGCCCGCUCGCUAUGAGUUACGGGCGGCCGCCGCCGGACGUGGAGGGUAUGACCUCGCUGAAAGUGGACAACCUGACUUACCGCACCUCUCCGGACACGCUCCGUCGCGUCUUCGAGAAGUACGGACGCGUGGGGGACGUGUACAUUCCCCGAGACCGCUACACCAAGGAGAGUCGUGGCUUCGCCUUCGUGCGCUUCCACGACAAACGCGACGCGGAGGACGCCAUGGAUGCCAUGGACGGAGCCGUGCUCGACGGGCGAGAGUUGCGUGUCCAGAUGGCCCGUUACGGCCGACCCCCAGAUUCCCACCACAGCCGACGGGGGCCCCCUCCGCGCCGGUAUGGUAGCGGUGGCUACGGACGUCGCAGUAGAAGCCCCAGAAGACGUCGUCGCAGCCGAUCCCGAAGCAGGAGCCGAUCCAGAUCCCGUAGCCGAUCACGCUACAGUCGCUCCAAGUCAAGAUCUCGCACACGAUCCCGAUCUCGCUCUACUUCCAAGUCAAGAUCGGCCAGAAGAUCGAAGUCCAAGUCCUCGUCUGUUUCCAGGUCUCGUUCACGAUCAAGGUCCAGGUCCAGAUCAAGAAGCCCCCCACCUGUUUCAAAGAGGGAAUCGAAGUCGAGAUCCCGUUCGAAGAGCCCCCCUAAGUCUCCUGAAGAGGAAGGAGCUGUGUCUUCCUAAGAAAAUGCUGCGGUCUCCUGUUUGCUUAAAGAAUAUUGGCCAGUAUUGCAGAUUUUAACUGAUUUGGCUGAUCCUCCAGGGACCAGUUUCUGUGGGCGUGUAUUGGAGCAGGUUUGUCUUUAAAUGUUAAAGAUACACUAUCCUGUUAAUGAAGAAUCAGUGCUGUGGUCACAGAGCUCAACAGCAAAUAUUUCUAGAAGUGGAGAUUGAAAUGCAGGAACUUAUGGAAACCAGUUUCUUCUCCAGUGUAAUUGUGGGCUUAUAAGGAGAUGCUGGGUGGGGAAAAUGGAUAGUGUGUCUUUAACCUCCCUCAAAUUGUUUGGUCCUGUUUUUUCAAAGGAAGGGGGCCUAGAACUGUUAAGGUUACACAACUAUUUAAUGGCGCCUCAAGGUUUGAAUAAGAACUAAUGCAUAAUUUACUGUGAAUCGGGCUGGAUUCAGGAUGAGGGUGGUUUGAUCACAGCCCGAAAGCAUGUAAUGUAAUAUUCAAGGUUCAACAGUAACUCCAAAAAUUUCAUGUCUAUCUACAUUAGUAUCCAAUGUGACGGUGGGAGGUGGGCAUUGCACACUCUGUAAAACAUGGUGAGCCAAGGCCAGUAUUACUAGAAAUCUUGAGAACAUCCAUAAAAUAUUGAAGACAUACAAUGGGUAUGCUUGCUGAACUAUACUUUUUUCAAAUCUAGAUACAUCAAAUAGAUGAGAAACCUACAUAAAGGAUGCCUUCAGAGGAGAAACGAUCAUUUGAAUCGCCAGUCCAUUGGAGAGACCCCGGCACAAGCAACCAGCUGUUGAAAAGGUUAUUUUGUAACACUUUGUCUAACAUUUUACUUUACUUUUGAGCCUCAAAUAGCAGACUUUUACUUUUAUGUGCCAUUUUGUUGCUAUUAUUCAAAUUUCUUGUAAUUUAGUGGAGUGAACGACUACAGAUUUCAUUAUUGGCUUGGAUAUUUGAGGUAAAACUUCAUUUUUGUUCAUAUAGUGCUGACUUGUUUGCAAAUAAAAUAGGUAACUAACUUGCUGCCUCAAUUUUUAAUAUUAAAGAAAUAUGCAGCUAUAAUAUGCUGACUAGCUUAAUGCUGUCCAAAUGUUCAAUUUUUGCCUUUAUUCUCCAGUUCCAAAAUGUUAAAUUCAAAUGCAAUUGCAAAUACUUGAGUUGAAAUAGUAUCUUCAAGUCAAACAUUAAACUUUACAGCUGACAAUUAUUUUGAAAGAUUUGUUUUUAUCAGACAAAAUUCUAAUCUCUUCUCUUAUGUAUUUUUGUGCACUAGGCGCAGUUGUGUAGCAGUUGAGUAAUGCUGGUUAGCUGUUAAGGUGGCGUGUUGCAGUGCAGAGUGCUUGGCUGUUUCCUGUUUUCUCCUGAUUGCUCCUGUAACGAUGCCUUGUCGUGCAGAAACAAAUGGCUGUCCAGUUAGUUAUAAUUGCCUGACAACUGCACUUCCAGUCACCCGGGCCUUGCAUAAAAAUAACGGAGCAUACAGUGAGCACAUCUAGCUGGUGAUAUACACACCUUAUUUUUCCAGAAUGGUAAAUUAGACCAUCUACAUAUGUGAACUUGCAUAUAAAAAUGUAAUGUUUAAAGCAUUUGAUUCAUUCCUCUAAGUAUCAAUUUGCAGUAUCUCUUAAAACAUUCUGUACUAUAACCACUGUGUCUGUAGUUUAAUAAACACUUUCUUGGUGUUCAUUUUUUUUGAA